GUGCGCGCCCGAUUGCAGUCGUGGGGUUGUGUGCGUGUGACAACGGGCGUCGACCGUUCUUAGUCUAAUUCCUACCCUCAGUCGCGUACUUCAUUUCGCGAAUGACGAACACCAUAAUAUUUCGUUCCUUCCUCAUCCUUCUCCUUCUUUUCCUUUUCGCAAUUCCACGAAUUGCGAUAAUAAGCGAAUUCAACGAUCGCAUUUUCUACUCUUGCUUAUCAUUAUUUCUCAUUGAUAUAGAAUUUCGUCUCUGUCUUGUUUCUUCAUCUCUUUUCGUUUCCUUUCGUUGUCGCGAAAAAGACAAAGAUUUAUUUUCCUAUUCGCAGGAGCUUUUUCCGUUUAUCAAGAAUCGAAAGUUGUCUAGGUGGUUUUCAUCAGAAAUACGAACUGAAUAUUUUCAUUGGGAAAUGAAAACGAUCAGUGUUGAUUAGAAGUCUAAGAUAAGAGAGAGAGAGGGAGUGGGAGAGUGAAAUUAACGUGGCUUCUCGAUUUUACCGACUGUCAACGUGGUGUGCAUCAGGCAACCAGGUGUGCAUCACACAACCAAGUGUGCAUCAGAAAUCUUAGGACGAGAUAAACGAGUUGUUUUCUGUAUCAAGGCGUAAGAUAAAUUUGUCGGAAGGAACGAUUUCUACAAGUUGACACGGGGAGACUGUUCGAUUAAUCAUUCCUUGGAUUCCAAUCGAUGCAGCUUGAUUAGGAACGAACGAACGAACGAUGUGUUAUUUAACGUGACAUGAACCAACGUCAACGCGUUUCUAUUUCCAAAGCAUAAUACUUAUUUUUCAUUGGUUAAUGUACUUGGAUAAUAGGCGUAUUCCAUCAAUCGCAAUUCUCGCAACUUCUCCUAUAUCAUCCAUUUACAGUGUCACAGGUUUCGCGCGCGUUACUUUCCGCCAUACAUCGAAUUCCUUUUAACAAAGCCCGCGGAUCUUUAAACGAAUCUCCAAACAAUUUCGGAUAUAGAUCGUCGAUCGAAAGCUCAUUUUUUCGGUUUUCAUUUUUUCAUCGUUAGGUUGGACAGGUUGGGUCAAUUUGUUCAUUAUUUGACAAUCAUCUACGAGAUGAAAAUAUCUUAGAAUAAAUAAAUGGAUAAGUGCGUUGGGGAAAAUCUUAUUGUUAGUUCUCGUCAGUGAGAUGUUCCCAUGAGAAGAGUCGUCUGCGAGGUGAUGUCUUGUUGUUGCUGGUGUUGCGACAGCGGGAACAGUACAGCUGGUGCAAGAGGAACAACAGCAACAGCAACGGCAACAGCAACGGCAGCAGCAGCGGCAGCAGCAGCAGCAGCAAGUGUCGUGGUUGAGAACCAUAGUGGGAGCAACGCCAGCGGGGGUGGUCUCGGAAUUGCAUCCGGAUUCUCGGCGAUACUCUCCCUCAUCGUCGUCACCGUCGCCAUCAGCACGGGCGAGUGGUUGUUGACCGAGGAAAAACUUCCCAAGACCUCCUCUAACGCCUCCGUCGAGCCGGACAGCAAAGUCACUUACAGUGGGCUUUGGCGCGUUUGCGUCGCCAUAAGCUCGCGGAUGGAAUACGAGUGUUCGAGUAUCGACUAUUUUCCAAACGAGGAGUACAGUCCCGAUCCCAGUGACUCUACGAUGGCGAUUCCGUAUGCAGUUACAAAGUCGGCCAUGUUUUUCUUCGCGGCUACGUCGUUGCUAGUAAUCGCGGAAAUUUGUUAUUUUGCCGCACACAUUACUCAUCCAAGGCACAGACUUUGCGUCUUCGUAGCUGGAGUAGUCUUUAUAGUUUCGGGAUUACUCAUGCUGGUUGGGAUGGUCAUGUACAUAUCAAUUUUCAAAGCCGAAGUUGGCAGCAAACUUAGGCCGCGAUCGUCAUUUCAGGGAGCUCCUUUCACGUAUAGAUAUGGGUUUUCCUUCCUGUUGUAUGUGAGCGGGUUCAUCACGACCGAGGUGGCUGGUACAUACGCUAUUUUUCUAUAUAUCUCCUGGCACCAACGUGAAUUGGGUGUUUAUCACUUGGACAAUCAUCACGUAAAUCACGCGAAUCAUCACGCGGCGUUAGUUCAUGGCAACUUUAUCUGCGAGAGACAUCAGAAGAGAUAUUUCUUCGGAAGGGAUUCCGUCGAUUAUGUCGAUUUCGAUGAAUUCUUACCACCACCGCCUAACUUGGAUCAUUACGAUUAUUCCAGACAGUUUCCGAGAGAUCUCACUGCUCUAACGGUGAGCACGACGGCGGACAUACUGCAGCAGGAGGAGGAUGCACAACCAGACACGGAUGGACCGGAUUACACCGUCCGCCACGAGUUCGUGACCUUUGACCUCGAGGAUCCAGUACCACCGCCAACACCUGUCCGAGGCUCCGUCCGAGACUCCGUCAGAGGCUCCUUCAGAGGCUCCGUCAGAGGCUCCGACUGGGCGUUCGCAGCUCUCAGAAGAACAACUCCCGUCUGAUAUAGCGUCAGGUAUGCGAGGUUGGUGCAAAAGGUCGACUGCGAUGACGAUGACGGCGACGACGAUGGCGACGAGGACGAGGACGAGGACGAGGACGAGGACGAGGACGACGACGAGGACGAGAACGACGACGACGACGAGGACGAGGACAACGAGGACGACGACAAAAUGGAUGAGAAAGUGGAAAAAUCCAAGAGGCAAGAGGAAUUCACGUUGGACAAAAGCUGAAAAUCAUUGGAAUUAACCAAAAAUGGAAUCUUUUGUUUGGCCAUUGGAAAUCGUAGAGGAGACUGUUCGAAAAUAUAUUUGGGACAUUUCCUUUGUUGAACUUUGGAUAAACGGCCGUCAGGAAGUGUUAGAAAAUAUCGUGACGUCGUGGCACGCGAUAUAAGCCUUCGAUUUAAUCUGAAAUUCCUGUAACGCCUCGUAAACGUUAAUCGAUAACCGAAUAUUAUAUAAUCUCGCGAAAAAUGGACGAUUUCGAAUGAUUUUAUUUAUAUCCUUUCGUUUUAAUCGCAACAUUUGCAAAUAUUUCCAAGCUGCGCGAUUCUUUUUCACAUAUAUUCAUGUGAAUACACAUAUUUCACAUAUAUAUUAUAUGUAUAGGAAUGAUAUAUACAGGCAUAGAAACAAAUGAAAAGUAAACACGUUCUAUCUUAUAUGCAGGCUGUCAGAGUUUUUUCUUCCAUGGUAUGAAUAGGAUAAGUAGGAACCCUGACACCCUGUAGAAUAAAAUUCUUCAAUGAGAUCGUGUCAUUUCGUCGUAUCGGAGAAAACCGUCCUAUGAUCCAGUAUGAAGACAACAAAAUAUUCUACUUGUAUCGAUGACUAAUGUUUUUUCUUUCGUCGUAAUAAAAUACAAUAAAAUACAAAUGCAAUGUGUACAAUUUUGCUAAUUCGGAGCAACGUAUCCAGAAAAGAUGACUGAUAUUUAUAAUAUUAAACAAAUUCAAAUGUAUUUUGUUGGAGGUCUACUGGAAUUAAUUACUGGAAUUAAUUACUGCAAUAUAAAUGUACUUAACUAAGAUCGAUAGAUUUUGUUCUUUUUCCAGAAAUGAGUCAUUCUGAUUCAUUCUUAA